AUGGUUCACUUCACGAGCCCAAUGCAGUCUAACAUCGAGAACCAGGAGGAGUAUGUUGCUGCUUUCGAAUACUACGCAAGAAUCAUUCUUGCGCGAUAUGCGGAUCGCAUCCCCAUCUGGUUUACAUUCAACGAACCCAACCUCGGCAGCGAAGGCAUCACUGCACAUAGCUAUAACGCCUACACCUCGAUCCUCUUGGCGCAUGGGAAGUCUACCGCUGAUAUCGACGCAGCCAACCGGUACCAGGACUUCAUGGUUGGAAUCAUGGGCAACCCGCUUUUCCGAGGAAAACAGUAUCCGGAUAGUGUCUUGAACACUCCGGGAUUGAAUUUAACCGCUUUAACAAAGGCUCAAAUAGCGGAGAUCAAGGGGACGUGCGAUUUUUGGGCAUAUGAUCCAUACACUGUUCAAUUCGCAACUCCGGCCUCCGGGGGGAUCGAGGCGUGUGCGCGCAACACGGAACAUCCCCAGUAUCCCAAGUGCGUCGACCUUGGACCAACACAGGCAAACGGUUGGAUCACCGGAAGGAGCUCCGAAUCCUAUCCUCUCCUUGCGCCUCAGCAUGUCCGGCAGCAGGUCGGCUACGUGUGGAAGCCAUUUCGUCCCACUGGAAUCAUGAUCACCGAGUUUGGCUUCCCAGAGUUCCAUUAA